AUGUGCCUCUGCACCGACCACCAAGAAGUCGAUAUCCACCUCAUCGUGUCCGAUUCUAAGGAGUUAGAGGCUUUCCAAGAUGCUAUUGAUGGCCUAAAACAUUGCGGCGAGAGGUUUAGUAUAUUCCCUACGCCGAGGGUGAAUGUUGACGGACCGAAGCCUAAGAUUAAUAUCACAAACUUUUACGAUAUCAUCCCAGACGCCUUCCGUUCGAUGGUUAAAGGAAACAUUAGCGCCGGCGACACGUCUGCCCUCCUGAAUGAGGGCGGAAGAUAUCAGUAUCAGACAAUCAAGAAGAUGUCAGCGGCGAUAAAGCUUGAGUACGACUGGGGUCUGUGGCUUGAUUCGGAGGCAGUCGUCGUACAGCCGUUUAGCAUGCGGGAAGUGUUUGAUAGCUACAUCAAGACACCGACGGUUUGGAGAUCCAAGAACUCGAGGACUGAUUUUAUGGUCUCCUUGAUCACUGGAUCGGCUAAUGUUCUUGGCCGGGAUAUCGAGUCUUUUGGCAAGGCUUUGUGGAACUUGGAGAGUGUCCAGUGGAUGUUGGAGAAAGAAGUAGUUAACGACCUCGUUCAGUCCGUGGAGAAAGCACACAAACAAGACUUUUGGACGGUCUGGGCAACGCGAGGCAGCCCGUUCGAGAUCAACCUAUACAACUUACACAUCCAAGCAAGGAAGUUAGAGUCCAAUGAUCCGCUCUUCACUAAGUACCAAGUAGUGGAAACGGAGCGGGAGAUGGACAGAUUCGGCAUGGAGGCCGUCCCUGGGUUCUCGCGAAUGAUGCGACAUUACGGCCAGCGGCUUUUGCGCUUUGACGAUCUCGAUGUCGCGCCGCCGGAGGUUAUUGACCGGUUUCUGUUGGAUACGCCGAUAAACAUCUUGUGCGUGGGAGGACCGCCGUUACACAACUGGUGGCAAGAGCGAAACAAGACACUUUAG